AUGAGCACUGAUAACCUUUAUGAAACCCUGGAUUUGCCUCAGUCACACUACUCGCAUUUGGCUUAUGGAUACUACAGGCAACAGAGAAAACUUGUUGAAGAAAUUGGCUGGUCCUAUACAGGAGCACUGAAUCAGAAGAACUGGGGAAAGAAAUAUCCAGCAUGCAAUAGCCCCAAACAAUCUCCUAUCAAUAUUGAUGAAGAUCUUACACAAGUAAAUGUGAAUCUUAAGAAACUUAAGUUUCAGGGUUGGGAUAAGUCAUCUUUGGAAAGCACAUUCAUUCACAACACGGGAACAACAGUGGAAAUUAACCUCAUGAAUGACUACCAUCUCAGCGGAGGAGUUUCUGAAAUGGUGUUCAAAGCAAGCAAGAUAACUUUCCACUGGGGCAAAUGUAAUAUGUCCUCUGAUGGCUCGGAGCAUAGUGUAGAGGGACAAAAAUUUCCACUCGAGAUGCAAAUCUACUGCUUUGAUGCGGACCAGUUUGCAAGUUUUGAGGAAGCAGUUAAAGGAAGAGGGAAGUUAAGAGCUUUAUCCGUUUUAUUUGAGAUUGGAACAGAAGAAAAUUUAGAUUACAAAGCCAUUAUCGAUGGGGUGGAGAGUGUCAGUCGCUUUGGGAAACAGGCUGCAUUAGAUCCUUUCAUGUUGCUGAACCUUCUGCCAAAUUCCACUGACAAGUAUUACACUUACAAUGGCUCACUGACCUCUCCCCCCUGCACAGACACGGUAGACUGGAUUGUUUUUAAAGAUACAGUUAGCAUCUCCGAAAGCCAGUUGGCUGUUUUUUGUGAAGUUCUGACAAUGCAGCAGUCAGGUUAUGUCAUGCUGAUGGACUACUUACAAAAUAAUUUUCGGGAACAACAGUACAAAUUCUCCAGGCAGGUGUUCUCCUCAUAUACGGGAAAGGAAGAGAUUCAUGAAGCUGUUUGUAGUUCAGAACCAGAAAACGUUCAGGCUGACCCAGAAAAUUACACCAGUCUCCUUGUAACAUGGGAGAGACCUCGGGUAGUGUACGACACCAUGAUCGAGAAGUUUGCGGUCCUUUACCAGCAGCUGGAAGGAGAAGAUCAAACCAAGCAUGAAUUUCUGACAGAUGGCUAUCAAGAUUUGGGUGCUAUUCUUAAUAAUUUACUGCCCAAUAUGAGUUAUGUCCUUCAAAUAGUAGCCAUAUGCACUAAUGGAUUAUAUGGAAAAUACAGUGAUCAGCUGAUUGUCGACAUGCCUUCUGAUGAUGUUGAAUUUGACCUCUUUCCUGGAACUGAAGAAAUUACCAAGGAGAGGCAAGAGAGUGAUGAAGAUACUGCCAUGAAUCCUGGUAAAGAUAGUGCAAUCAACCAAAUAAGGAAAAAGGAGCCGCAGAUCCCCACCACAACCAACUACAACCGAGGAGGGACUAAGUUUGGAGAGGCUGAGACUAACCGAUCCCCGACAAGAGGGAGCGAAUAUUCUGCCACGGGUGAUGUCCCCAACACAUUUUUAGCUUCUACAUCCCACACGGUCGUCCAAGAAAAAGAUGCUUCCUUAACCUCGCAAUCUGUGACCAGACACCCACCUCACACUGUGGAAGGUACUUCAGCCUCUUUAAAUGAUGGCUCUAAAACCGCUCUUAGAUUUCCACAGAUGAAUGUGUCUGAGAGAGCAGAGCCUGUAGAUACGGUCUCUACCACGGACUCGCCAGAGCUAUCGACUGAUAUCAGUGGGGAAGAGAGCUCCUUGCCCAAUUUCAAACUCGAUAUGGGAGUUGAUGAUUCUUCUGGCUCUAGCCCUGCAACUUCUGUCAUACCUUUCACCUCUGAGAACUUAUUUCAUGGGUACAUAUUUUCAUCAGAAAACCCAGAGACAAUCACAGAUGAUAUCCUCAUGCCAGACCCUAUGAGGAAUGCUUCAGAAGACUCAGUGUCAUCGGGUGUGGAAGAGUCUGUAAAGGAUCCUUCCCUUGACAGGAGCCUGUGGUUCCCUAGCACAACAGAUGGGACCAUAGAGCCUGAUGUGGGAUCUGGGAGAGACCACUUUUUCCUGACUAAUUACUCUGAGACAGAUGUUGAUGAAUCUGAAAAGACAACUGAGCCCUUCUCCCUGGGCCCCCUGGGGUCGCAGAUUCCCUCAGUCACAGAUACAGAGAUGCCACAUUAUUCGACCUGGGCCUCCUUGCCAACUGAAGUCACACCUCAUGCUUUUACUCCAUCCUCAGGACAGCGCGAUUCGGUCCCCACUGUCAACGUGGUUCUCCCGCAGACAACCCAACCGGUGUUCAAUGGUGAGACUCCUCCUCAGCCUUCCUACAGUAGUGAAGUCCUCCCUCUAGUUACCCCCUUGUUGCUUGACAAUCAGACCCUCAACACCACCCCCGCUGCUUCGAGUAGUGAUUCGGCCUUGCAUGCUACGCCUGUAUUUCCCAGUGUUGAUGUGUCACUUGACUCCAUCCUGUCUUCCUAUGAGGGUGCACCUCUGCUUCCGUCUUCCUCUGCUUCCUUCAGUAGUGACUUGUCUCGCCGUCUGUACACAGCUUCUCAGGGCCUUCCGCAAGUGACUGCAGCUCUUGACAGUGCUCAGGUGUCCCCGCAUGCAUCUCUGCCGGUGGCCGGGGGUGAUGCGUUAGUAGAGCCCAGCCUUGCUCAGUACCCUGAUGUGGCAGCACAUCAGACCUCUGCUCGUGCUGCUUCAGAGACCGUGGAGUUGGGUCGCGAAGCUGGUGUCCUUUAUCAAACCCUCAUGUUUUCACAAGUGGAACCAGGCAGCGCUGAUGUCAUGAUGCAUGCACGUUCUCCAGGGCCUGAACUGUCUCAUGUCUUAGCCAGUAGCGAGGGCUCCCAGCACAGCUCCGCUGGGCCUCAUGCUUCUGCAGCACCGGGGCCUGAGUCUGUUGAGGUGUCUCAGCAGGCUUUCUUAUUGAACAGCCCUAGUCAUGUGCUGAUGCCCACGUCUUCGCUCAUAGCCCCCACUGCAGUCCUGCUGCAGCCCACCCGUGCGCUCACUGACGAUGUGGAGUGGUCUGGGGGCUCCUCGGGUAGUGAAUUGCUUUUACCUGACACAGAUGGUCUCCUAGUCCUUAACAUUUCUUCACCUGUUUCUGUGGCUGAAUUUACAUAUGCAACAUCUGUGUUUGGUGAUGCUAAUAAGCCGCCUCCUAAAAGUGACGUGAUACAUGGAAAUGAGACUGAACUGUCAGUUCCUCCUUUCGGUGAGAUGGUGUUGCGUUCUGAAAGCUCGGUCCUGUCUGCUAAUCUCAAUACACUGAAUGUGUCUUUGCAAGAAACUCCUGUUUUCCUUUCGAGCACAAAGGGCCUGAUCCCAGAGCCCCUCGAUUAUCCCACCACUAAGGUCUCUGCUCCUGAAAAUACCUUCGCCACUCAGCCUACACAUGUUCUGUCUCAAGCCUUGGUGGACACUUUACUUAGACCUAUUCUUAGUGCAGCCUCAGAGCCAGUGCUCUCUGAUCCUGCUUCUCCUGAAAUCUUAUCUCCUUCGACACAGCUCUUAUUUUACGAGGCCUCAGCUGCUUUUAAUACUGAAACACUGCAGACUCCUUCCCGGGUUUCUGAUGGGGACACCUUGCUUAAAUCAGCUCUCCCGGCAGUACCUAGUGAUCCAAUAUCGGUCGAGGCCCCUAAGGUUGAUCGAAUUAGCUCUACAGCGUUGCCGCUCAUGGCAUCAGGGUCUGCUUUGAGUCAAAACGUGCUGCACUCCACAGAGGUGCCAGCUCUUGAUGUUUCACCUACUUCCAGUGCGCAGCCGGCUUCCCUUCAAGGUGUGGCCGUUUCUUAUGCCAGUAAGAAACCCUUCGAACCAGUUUUGCCUGACAGCGAAAGUCCCCAGCAAGAGGUACCUCCAUGGUCCAGUAAUGAUGAGUUGUUUCAAACUGCCAGUUUGACACUUAGCCUUAACUUUCCCUCUCAGGAAAGGCGUGCAGUAGCCACUCCUGUGUUACCUGUGGACGUCUUGCCAGUCACACCAUUCAGUAAGCUUGAACAUGACGAUGAUGUCUCCUCCUCCACCAAAAGUUCUGUGACUACCGGGCCAUUUGCUGGUAUUCCAACAAUUGAUUCAGAUGCCCGUGUAUCUGCUGAGCAUUCUGGACAUGUGUAUGUUUCCACUACAUCCAUUUCUCCAAACCAGGAUGGGUCCCUAAGCCCAACCACAUUGCCAUUUCCUUCUCAAGCCUCUUCUGAACUGACUCACACUGCCAGUUCCUAUGCUGAUUUAGUAGGUGAAGGUGAUGACGAUGAUGAUGGAGGAUAUGAUGUGGAAGGGGUUGAUGAUGAGGGUGAGGAUGAUGAUGGUGAUGGCAGAGGUAGAGAUGGCUUAUUCAUACAUACGUGUAUGUCCUGCUCAUCUGAUAGAGAGUCACAGGAAAAGGUCAUGAAUGAGUUAGACAGCCAGGACAGCAGUCUUACGGAUCAGGAUAAAGCGAUCUCACAUCGACCGUCUGAGAAUGCUGACGAAGAGAAGAAGGUCACAGGUGGAGCCUCAGACAGUCAGACUGGCACAGACAGAGGUCCUGGCAGAGCGCCACCAGCAAAAGCACCGCCCCCAAAGCACAGUGAUGCAAAGGAGGAAAACAACACUCAGACCAGUAGAUCCCUGCUUCCUCUCAGCCCCAAAUCCAAAUAUUGGUCCAUCCUGGCCAGCGAUGAAGAGAGUGGGUCAGGGCAGAGCACCUCCGAGAGCCUCAGUGAUAACGAGACGUCCACAGAUUUCACUUUCCCCGAUGGGAAUGAGAGAGAUGCCGACGGGGUCCUGGAGACAGGAGACUCUGAAAUAACCCUCGGAUCCCCAGAGUCCUCAACACCGUCUCUUGCUAGUGAGCAGUCAGAGGUGUUCAACGUUUCAGAGGCAGAGGCCAGUAAUAGUAGCCAUGAGUCUCGUAUUGGUCUAGCUGAGGGUUUGGAAUCCAAGAAGAAGACAGUUAUACCCCUUGUGAUCGUGUCAGCCCUGACUUUUAUCUGUCUAGUGGUUCUUGUGGGUAUACUCAUCUACUGGAGGAAAUGCUUCCAGACGGCACACUUUUAUUUAGAGGACAGUACAUCGCCUCGAGUCAUAUCCACACCCCCAACACCUAUCUUUCCAAUUUCAGAUGAUGUUGGAGCAAUUCCAAUAAAGCACUUUCCAAAGCAUGUUGCUGACUUACAUGCAAGUAGUGGGUUUACUGAAGAGUUUGAGACACUGAAAGAGUUUUACCAGGAGGUGCAGAGCUGUACUGUUGACUUAGGUAUUACAGCAGACGGCUCCAACCACCCAGACAACAAGCACAAGAACCGAUAUGUCAAUAUUGUUGCCUAUGAUCAUAGCAGAGUUAAACUUGCACAGCUUGCUGACAAAGAUGGUAAACUGACUGAUUACAUCAAUGCCAACUAUGUUGAUGGAUACAACAGACCGAAAGCUUACAUUGCUGCCCAAGGCCCCCUGAAAUCCACAGCUGAAGAUUUCUGGAGAAUGAUAUGGGAGCAUAACGUGGAGGUUAUCGUCAUGAUAACAAACCUCGUGGAGAAAGGAAGGAGAAAAUGUGACCAGUACUGGCCUGCCGAAGGUAGUGAGGAGUAUGGAAACUUUCUGGUCACUCAGAAGAGUGUUCAAGUGCUUGCCUAUUACACUGUGAGGAACUUUACUCUCAGAAACACAAAGAUCAAAAAGGGCUCCCAGAAAGGACGGCCCAGUGGGCGGGUGGUCACACAGUAUCACUACACUCAGUGGCCUGACAUGGGUGUACCAGAGUACUCCCUGCCGGUGCUGACCUUCGUGCGGAAAGCAUCAUAUGCCAAGCGUCAUGCAGUAGGGCCUGUCGUCGUUCACUGCAGUGCUGGCGUUGGAAGAACAGGCACAUACAUUGUGAUAGACAGUAUGUUGCAACAGAUUCGCCACGAAGGCACUGUCAACAUAUUUGGCUUCUUAAAACACAUACGUUCACAAAGAAAUUACUUGGUGCAAACUGAGGAGCAAUAUGUCUUCAUCCACGAUGCACUGGUUGAAGCCAUACUUAGUAAAGAAACAGAAGUGCCAGACAGUCAUAUCCACGCCUAUGUCAAUGCUCUCCUCAUUCCUGGACCCACAGGCAAAACAAAGCUAGAGAAGCAAUUCAAGCUCCUGAGCCAAUCAAACAUCCAGCAGAGUGACUACUCGACAGCUCUGAAACACUGCAACAGGGAGAAGAACAGAACUUCCUCCAUCAUCCCCGUGGAAAGAUCAAGGGUUGGCAUCUCAUCACUGAGCGGGGAAGGCACAGACUACAUCAAUGCCUCCUACAUCAUGGGUUAUCAUCAAAGCAAUGAAUUCAUCAUCACCCAGCAUCCUUUGCUCCAUACCAUCAGGGAUUUCUGGAGGAUGAUAUGGGAUCACAACGCCCAGCUCGUGGUUAUGCUUCCUGAUGGUCAAAACAUGGCAGAAGAUGAAUUUGUUUAUUGGCCGAAUAAAGAUGAGCCUAUCAAUUGUGAGAGCUUCAAGGUGACUCUUAUGGCUGAAGAACAGAAAUGUCUCUCUAAUGAGGAAAAGCUUAUAAUCCAAGACUUUAUUUUAGAAGCUACGCAGGAUGAUUACGUCCUUGAAGUGAGGCAUUUUCAGUGUCCCAAGUGGCCAAACCCUGAUAGCUCCAUCAGUAAAACUUUUGAACUCAUAAGUCUUAUCAAAGAAGAAGCCGCCAGCAGGGAUGGGCCCAUGAUUGUUCACGAUGAGCACGGCGGAGUGACAGCAGGCACUUUCUGUGCCCUGACAACCCUUAUGCACCAAUUAGAAAAAGAAAAUUCCAUGGAUGUUUACCAGGUGGCCAAGAUGAUCAAUCUGAUGAGGCCAGGAGUCUUUGCUGACAUUGAGCAGUACCAGUUUCUCUACAAAGCCGUUCUCAGCCUCGUGAGCACGAGGCAAGAAGAGAACCCUUCCACCUCUCUCGAGAGCAAUGGCACAGCCCUGCCAGAUGGAAACAUCGCCGAGAGCUUGGAGUCUUUAGUUUGA